CCCCACAGCCUCCGUGAGAGUCCGGCCUUGGCGCCAGGGUGCCCGGGAAUGACACCCAGAGGAGGGCUCUGGGGUCCCAGGCCGCUGCUGCCUGAGGCCAGCCUGGGGGGGGGCUGGCCCACCGCUCCCACCAGGACAGGCCCCACCCCCGCCUCACUGUGUGUGACAACCCACAUCCUGGGCCCAGGCCCACACCCACCACGGCGGACGGGCUGUGCCCCCCAGCCUGACCUGCUCUUGCACUGAGGCCCACUGUGCUGCCCGGUGGCAGAGACACUUCAGGGUGGGGUGGGGAGCAGCUCGGGCGACACCAGGCCCUCGAGCACAGAGCGGGGUGUUUGGGGACAGUCGGGGCCACUGGCUACUCUGAGGCUCAGGGGAAGGGCUCACCGGAAGGCCCACCCAGGAGCCCAGGGGCCUGCAGAGACCUGAGCAGACCCGCUCCUGGAGGCUGACGGGGGCCGGCACUGCCCAGCCCCACCCGGCUCUGACCCUCACCGGCUCCCUGCCAGGGAGAGGAGAGCCGGCCAAUCCCCGGGGGCCCCAGGCCACACCCCCGGCCAGCCUGACCUGGAGGGUAUAAAUACACCUGCUGGGGCCCCACUGCCAGCUCACACCUGCCUCAGAGGCCUCCGCACCUGGAAGAGCACAGCAUUCCGUCGGCCUCGCCCGCCGGGAUACAGCAGAGACCGGCGCCACCGGGACAGCUGCUGGCAGCCACCCCAGGGAGAGAGACCUGCCAGGCAGAGGGCAGGCCGGGCCUGGAGGGGAGGGAGCAGACCCUGCUGGAGCCCGGAAACCCAGAGCCUCGGAGCCCAACGGGGGCCCGCCAAGGGGACCAUGCCCAGGACCCGCUGACCCCCGGCCACCAGCUCAGAGCCAUGUCAUCCGGCCAGCAGGUGUGGCACACGGCCGUGCCACCCCCUCGCCGGAGCAGCUCCACAGCCUCAGUGCCCAGGUCCCCUGGCACCCCUGGCUCGGAGAAGGUGGCCUCCCCGCUGGAAUGCUCCAUCUGCUUCUCGGGCUACGACAACAUCUUCAAGACGCCCAAGGAGCUCGCCUGCACCCACGUCUUCUGCCUGGAGUGCCUGGCCCGGCUGGUGGCCGCCCAGCCAGCGGGCCACCCUGGUGGUGAGGCCGUGCCCUGCCCAUUCUGCAGGAAGCCCACGGCUGUGCCGCCCGCCGGGGCCCCCGCACUGCGCACCAGCCGCCAGCUGCAGGCCCGGAUGCCGGCGCACCUGCAGCGCGAGGAGCCCGUGUGGCUGGACGGCACCAAGCUGUGCUGCCAGCCCCUGCCCGCCACGCCGGGCCAGGCGCCCGGCUUCGUAUGUGUGGACGUGGGCCUACGCAAGCCCGCCGAGACCGCCACACCCAUACCGGCCCCAGAGCCCGUGCCCCGUCGGGGCCGCCUGGCCCGCUGCUGGGCGCGCUGUGGGGACUGGCGGCGGGUGGCACUGGUGUCGGCCCUGCUGCUGCUGCUCUUCUGCGUGGUGCUCUGGCCCGUGCAGUGCGCACUCAAGACCGGGAGCCUGCACUGCCUGCCCCCGCGCCCCACGGCCACCGCCAGCGCCCCGGCCGCCUUCUCCCUCGGGCCUCUGACGGACAACUAGGGUGCACGCGCGUCCCCCACUGACCAGGCUCAGGGCGCAGCAGCCACUGGAGGUCAUCCCCCAAAGAGCACCAUCAUCUCGGGGGACCCCAUCGGCCCCCCCAGGACCUGCACGCCAUCCAGCCUGCCCUCCCUGCGGCCCGUCCAGUGGGAUGAACAGGCCCCAGAGCCACGCGGCCGGCCCUCCUCACACACUGCGAGUCACCGCGAGGGUGGCCCCUUACCAAGGAGGGACUGGCCGUCUUCCUGCACUCAACAUUUCGCCACGAGCCCCUCAGAACCCCCUCUCGUAGGCGGGGUCAUGUGGCCCUCUGACAGGGUCGGGGGCAGAGUGGAGGCUGGGCAUCUCCCCCACACCGCCUGCCCCCACCCCAUGCAGAAACUUCCCAGCCGCCCCUCCGACUUUUGUGAGUUGUACGUUUUUAAAUAAAUUAUUUGUGUCCA